UCGUCCGUCGACGCUCGUACCAGUCGCGUGGCGUCCCCUUACUCGGUGUGUCUGUGUUCGCGGUGUGUAAGUAACCCCCCCCCCCCCUCGUCUCCUCCGUCUCCGUGUUGUGCCUCGUCUCCAGCACCGUAACCCGGACCACGGAGGCCGCGAAGCUGCCGAGCUUCGAGCCUGAACCGCGACCUUUUCAGCGGGUCACGCUCCCUCAACAGCAUCGUCAUCGUGUGCUCAUCUCGAAGAUCACGAACGCUGCGGACGCUUGUCGGUGGGGCGGUCUAUCGCCUAUCGGUUUGUGAGGAACACAACGGUUUGGUGUCGUCGUCGUUGCCAGCAACAACAGCAACCAACAGUGUGUGCCGUGCAUUCGUUUCUGUUGCGUGAGAUGCAUAUGUGUUUGUGAUCAACGCCGGCGAAAUCUGUGAAAACACGUGAGGUGCUGUUUCGACGACGACGUCGAACUGCUGCUGCUGCUGCUGCAUCACAGUAGACUUGGUGUUGCUUCGGUGUUGCUGCACCAAAGACCAUCCUCCGUGCUUGUAGCGAUAGAGUAUUGCAUAUCGAUUUGCAAUUCGCGCGUCUGGUCUGGUGCGGUUGUUUUACUUCGCGUUGAACCUGAUCAAUCAGUGCUCGCGCAAACGCACCCAAUUUGCCCAAUUAACGUUCUGAAGCAAUUCGUGAUUUUUCAACAUCCCAGCAGCAGUGCGUGUAUUCAGUGUGCGUGAGUGCGUGCGCGCGGUGCGAGCGCAAAGUGGAAUCGAUCGAUUGAUCGAUCGCCCUGCUCACCACCGCCUAAUCCAAAUAAGUGACCGCGCCACGAGAGAAAAGAAAAGUAAGAGUGAUAAUCGUGCGUGGCCCAGCACCCGUGUGUGUCUGGCGGCGACGACGGUACGGGGUGUUUCUGGAGAUUUGGAAGUGAAAUCAAGCUGGGCAAAACAAAGUGAAGUGAACGAGAGAGUAGGCUUCGCGAUGGAACGCAGGUCGCUGUCGCUGCCGCUGGUGGCGCUCGUGCUCGUGUUGCCUCUGGUGCUGCAGCCUCCUGCCACCGAAGCGCACGUUGCCCUCACCUUUCCACCGGCCCGGAAGUAUGAUUUGGAUUUUCUGGAUAAUUCACGCACGAAAGCACCGUGUGGGAUGCCGAAAGGUUCACUGAAAACAUCAUUCAUCGAGGGCAGCACGUUCAACGUUUCCUGGCAUCUGGCGUACCCCCAUCGGGGUGGCUUCCGGCUUGAGGUGCUCGAUACCAAGGAGAAACCGGUACUGAAUCUGACCCCGAGCAGCAAGGAGAGGCGCUUCGUACGGGAUGACGCAACAGCGCAACAGUACCAGGUAUCGCUACCGAGGAACUUCACCUGCCGGGACUGUACGUUGCGAUUGGUGCGCCAAGCGGACGAGUGGGGUAGUAACUAUCGAUUCUGGUCGUGUGCCGAUGUGGACAUCGUACCAAGGCGGGAACAUCAUGAGACGUGCUCCGGUCAUGGCAAGUUCAUUGCACGCUGCAAGUGUGACAAGAAGUAUUACGGUCAGCGGUGCGAGUUCUGGGACGAGUGUGUCUCCAACCAGGACUGUGGCAUCCAGGGCACCUGCGUGGAUCUUGGUGGCACAUCGUUACCGCGCCGUCAGUGUUACUGUCGGCUGGGAUGGUACGGUGCCGGGUGUAACAAAAAAUCGCCGAUCAAAUCGACCGAUAUCGAUUACUCGGUGUACAAAGCGAAGGUCCUGUCGCCCGAUCUGAACGUUUACUGGCGUAUACUGAAGGAGCAGGCGGAGGUUGAGGUGGUGCUGAAGGUGAACGGUACAUCGUGGGUUGCCCUCGGUUGGCGGCCACGGAAGCUGACGGCGGAAUGUAAAAAUUUCCCACUCAUCGGUGGCGGUACAUCGGGUGAGGCCGGCAGUGCCGAACCUGAACCAGCCAGUGAACCCACUUCCGAGCCAGAACCCAAAUCUGAACCGGAACCUGGAGCGGAACCCGGAGCGGAACCCGGUGCUGAGCCAGGCGCAGAACCAGGAGCAGAACCAGAGCCCAAAUCGGAACCCGAACCGUCUUCCGAACCCGGAGCAGAAUCAGAACCGAAAAGUGAACCAGAACCUGGUGCAGAACCGGCAUCAGAGCCCGAGCCAACGGGUGAACCAGCGUCGGAACCUUCUUCAGAACCAGAACCUAAAGGAGAACCGGAACCGGAACCAGGAGCAGAACCAGGAGCGGAACCAGAACCCAAAUCAGAACCGGAACCAACGGGAGAACCAGAGCCAGAAGCUGCCACUGAGCCAACGGCCGAGCCAAAAGCCAACGGAAAGCGAAUGAAGCGUGCCGAUACACCUGCGGCCGAACCAGAACCGGAACCAAAAUCGGAACCCGCUGCCGCUGCCGAGCCAACGGCAAAACCGAAACCCAAACCAGCCGCAGCAUCUGCUGCUGCAAAGCUCAAGCUCAACCCUUACACCCCUCGCCAUGACUUCAACCCGAUGGACUGCACGGACAUCGUGAUCGGUACGGCCCGUGGUGAGAACCAUCGUGUCUGGGAUUACUACACCCGCGAUCGUUCGACACCGCGUGUCGACAGCUUCUGGGGCGGUAAAUCCGAUCUGACGGCGACCGGUGGCUUCGAGAAGGAUGGUGUCACGACGAUCGUUUUCCGGCGUAAACUGGAAGCUAGCGAGCCGACCGAUCACGCCAUCGUGGACGAUCUGAUGCACGUGAUCUGGGCCCGUGGCCAAGAACCGGGUGCGUACGUCCAUUCGCCACCGUCCGGCAUCGAGAAAGAGACGGCAUCGGUUCGGGAGUUCUACCAACCGGACGAACUGAAGUACCACGGUCAUCGUAUGCAGCGUGGCGUAACGCAGAUCAACUUCCUGGAGGAGGACCUUCCGAAGCUACCGUUACCGGGAGCUGGCCCAGUCCAGCCAAAGGAUGGUGGUGCAGCUGUGCCAGUGGCCGGCAGCGAAGGAGUGAUCGUACCGGCUGGUCCAGUUGGUCACGAGCUUGACAAUGAGUGCCACGGAUUCUACAAAUUCCCACGGACCUGCGAUCCGGAACAAGCGAACUGCGAGUACUUCCUCAGCUGGCAAACGGUGGCCCGAGGAGAAGCCGUACACUUCCACCUGGAGACGAAGAAUACGGCCACCUGGACGGGUGUUGGGUUCAGCGAUGAUCAGAAGAUGUCGCAGACGGAUGCCAUCAUCGGAUGGGUGGACAAGAGCGGCCGACCGUUCCUGAUGGACACCUGGAUCAAUGGCUAUUCGGCACCGAAGCUGGAUGACCGGCAGGAUCUGUACAACGCUUCCGGAGCGAUCCAGAACGGACGCACGGUGUUGGAUUUUACGCGCAAGCGCAUCACCGGCGAUGACAACGAUCUCGCGUUCACCGAGGAUCGCUGUCUGUAUCUCAUGUUCCCGAUCGAGGGUGGAGCGUACAAUGCGGUCAACAAGAAAGUGGGCAAGCACGGUUCCGUACCGGUGGUGACGGAUACGCGCGUGUGCAUCAAAUCGUGUGCCAAGAUGUUCGAACAGCUGCAAACGAUCACCGCGGCACCAGCACCGGAACGGAUUGCGUACGAAGCGGCCAUCAAGCUGACGAAUCUGGCGACCGGGUUCCAGGUGCCCGACAGCGGUACCCCUGAGCAUCGCGAUCUUUCCAAAUCGGUCAGUGACACGUUCAACGGUGUGUUCAAGGAGGUGCCCGGAUUCUACCGAACCGAUAUUAUGGAUUUCGAAAAAGAGGCAGAUGGAAGUGUUGUCGUGAAGAUGAACAUUCUGGUCGAUAAGGAGAUGAAGAACGGAUCGCGGAACGUGUUGGCCGACGAUCCGGCCAAGCUGGAGCUCACCAUCCACAAUCUGAUGGUCAAUAAUUUGUCCUCGGGCAAGGUGGGAGCGUUCUCCGUCGAUCCGACGUACCUGGAGUUUACGCACCUUGAAGGACAAGCAUCGUCGCCUAAGGAGGAAUACGGGGUGAUCUCGGCCGGUUUACGGUUGUAUCUGAUUUUGGGCUGCAUCGCGGGGCUGGUCUUCAUCGCGAUCAUCCAAGCGACCUGUACGAUCAUCAAGACGCGUCGCACGAACCGAUUGAAGGAUCAACUGAUUCCAAACUCGGCCUGGAAGGACUACUCCUCAAACACGAACUAUGCGUUCGAUAACUUUGAGGCCGAAGCGAAGGCUCACCACCACAAGGGCCGCUCAUCGGAUCGGGGCUACAGUAACGGUAACAGCCAGCAGACGACGCUGCAGAUGUCCCAUUCACCCAACAAGUCCCAGUACUACGAGAUCGACCGGACCGACGGUGGCCACGGUAUGACCGGGCAUCGUGGCAACUCUGGAGACCCACGGAACGGUGGCUCUGCCUAUCCGUAUGCCUCGGGUGGUGGCCAACCACGCCACGGUUACGAUCGUACCGGUGAACGAUCCUCUUCCUACGCCGAUCGUGCCUACUCCCUUCCCCGACCGAUGCAUCAACAGCAACAGAUGCAGCAACAGCAGCAACACCAUCAGCAGAUGCAGCAAUCGGGACGCCCCGGAAACGACUACUACACGCAGGACCGUCGUGGCAAGUCACGAGGUUCGGCUCCUUCCGGUAAUGGCGCUAACCACCACUACGCACCGGCCGGUAAUGGCCACCACCAGCAGCAGCAGCAGCAUCACCACCAGCAACAGCAACAGAGACCGAUGCCGGAUUCAUCGGAUCUUUACUUCACGCCAACCCAGCGCAAGUACUCCGGGGAGGUGGUGCGAGUGUUUGUCGACUACAACAAAGAUAAGAAGUAAGAAGUAAAAUCGGACGAGAAACCGUACGUUACCAACCAACCGUCCCCCGGAAUGCCUCCGUACCAAUUACGAGAGCGUUAGAAGAAAAAAAAACAUCGAACAACGUUGAUGCCAUUCCCAAGGGAAUGGCAUCGACAGUCAGCCAGUCAAAGGUCGAGGUCUAGUAUGAGAUCAUCCGAGAGAGAUCCGGCCACAGCAAUAAUUCGUAAAUACUCCUUUGGAGACCUCGGAGGAUCUCCGCUCAAGAAGUCCUCAAGAAGCAAAAAAGGCAACCCAUGGACGAAACCAUGGUGACCGUGACCAACGUGAAUGUGUACAUAAUAUAUGUUUUAUUAUCUUUUAUCUGUUUCUUCUGUUCUGUUUCACUUAUUAACAUGGCCACAACACACGCGCACUAACACGAGUGCGAGAGCGCCUGACCAUAAUGUUUGUUUUAGAGAAUUUUAAUUCAUUCGUUUUAUGUUUCGCAACAGUUUUUAGUCCGUCUCCGACUAUCGUCUAUUCGAGCGUAAUUUUAAUGAGUAAGCAAGCAUCAGGAGCUGCUAGAUGCAAUCACACAUAAACACACAGACCCCAACGAUAAUCGAUCAGAGCGAAAUGGUGAUGCCGUGGUGGAAGCUAGAAAGGUCAUCAGCAGCACUAAAAGAAGCGAGGAUUAGGGCGGCGAUCGAAGCAAUACGUCUUAGUCUAGUGCUGUUCACGCGGAGCCAGGAAACCGAGUGACCUCACGCGUGAGAAAAUGCCUUGAUACAACGAUUUCAAAGCGAAAGGAAGCAAAUGGGCAGUCUUGUUAUCACCUCGAGACACAGGAAGACAGUCCAAGGUUCAGGUUUGACCUCGUUCCCAUCGAUUGUGACCGCUAGGGCCGUUAUAAUGAUCAUCUAGCAGUAGCAUAGAAAAGACCGUCCCGGCAAUAAAGCUCCCCGGUCCAGCUGCAGGCACCGUCGGGUUUCUCGCGAGCACCGGGCGGGAUCACCAUGCGGAUCCAUAUUUUAAUCCCUCUGAUCGUUUUAUAACAAUAAGCGCCUAGGGAGAAGGAAGGAGCUGUAGACGAGAGACAAAUAAAAAAAAAAAUAGU